GUAAGGAGUCCGUUUAUGGAGCAGAGACCCACCUGUGCGACUUGGCCUUGGCGGCCUAAGAUGUACACUGGCAGCCAUGGAGGCUUCACAUGAAAUUAGAAGCCAGCAUUGGACAAGUUGAGACCUCGGGAAGCUCCAUAAUCAGGGCGAGCGCGACGUAUCCACCACGCCUAUACACUACGCCACGAUAUUCUCAAUUUUUCAAGCAACACCAGCCUACUCCUGACGCCCGAGAGCCCGACUCCGUCCCAAAGCCCCUUUCUCGAAGACAUUAUAAGUAUAUCUAGGUGGCGUCCUCGUUAAGGUCUCAUUGGAUCCAAAUUCAUCACACACCAGCUUUUUACCCCACUACCCCUCUCCUUAUCACUCUCCUGAGUCUCCUUAAAGACUUGCACAUUAUCCACAUUACCCACAUUACCCACAUCGCUCACAUCACUCACAUCACUCACAUCACCCAAGCUCACAAUGUCAACACAAACACAAACACGCAAGACCACGGUCCUCAUCGGAGGAAGUGGCCUCACAGGCCUCAGUCUCGCGCUGAUGCUGCAGCAUCUCGGAAUCCCUUACCUCCUCCUCGAAGCCUACGGCAGCUGCACCCCUAAUGUCGGAGCCAGUAUCGCCGUCCAGCCCAACGGGCUCCGAAUCUACGACCAGCUGGGCAUACUCAAGGACAUUCAAGCAGUCUACCAGCCCGUGAAGCAAAUGCUGAGCGUUGACGCAGAAACCGGCAAAUUACACGACCUGGGCAUAGCACCAAUCUUGAAAGAGAGGCAUGGCUACGAGACCGGCUUCUUCAACCGUUACGACCUGCUCUGUGUUCUGCACAAGAACAUCCGGGAGAAGGACCGCCUCCUUGUUAACCAGAAGAUUGUCCGUGUCGACAACUUCAAAGACAGAGUGGUCGUUCAGACCAAGGCCGGAGAUGUGUUCGAGGCGCAGAUGCUCAUCGGUGCCGACGGCGUCCGCUCUACUGUCCGUAAGGAGAUGUGGAGGGACGCCGAGGAGUCAGGCGCUGAGAUCCCCAAGGAGGACAAGAAAGAAAUCAUCUGUGACUGGGCCACAUGUUUUGGUGUGUCCGACUACGGGUCUCACCUACCACGGGGUCAAGCCGGCAGCGUUGCAGGGCAGGACUUCACCGCCGGUUGGAUGGUGGGCAAAGAUGGACGUUGCUUCACCUUCUGGUUCUACAAGCUCCCGCAGGAAACCCGCAUGGUCGACCAUGACAACAUCCCCCGCUUCAGCGAAGAGGAGCAUGAGAGACAAAUUGCCCGUGCCAAAAAGAUCCUCGCUCAGGUCCCAAGGGACAAGGGACUCAACGUCGACUUCGACAAGCUGUAUGACCAGAGAGAUCCAGUGCAUUCCGGCGUCACCGCCUUGCCUCACUUUUGUUUGAAGAAGUGGCACCACGGCCGCACUGUGGUCAUUGGAGACUCCUCGCACAAGUUCAACCCUCUCCCCGGCCAUGGCGGCAUGAACUGCGUGGUCUCGGCAGCAACGCUCAUCAACUGCCUGCAAGAAGCCCUGGGCGAUAACCUCCAGACCUCGAACGUCUGGGACGCGGCACCGUUGGAAGAGGCCUUCACCAAGCUGGCCGAGACGCGGUACAAGACCGUGACCGAGGCCGUCGGGCUGUCCGAGAAGGCGAUGUGGACGAUGGGAUGGGGCACCACCUUCUCCAAGCUCAUGUACAAGGUCCUGGUGCCGACCCUCCCCAGCUCCAUGCAAUGCGCCGACGCCACAAAGGUUAUCAAGACGGGCGUGGCGCUCCAGAAGAACUGGGACGCACCCAACGUCCCGAAGCACUCGGUACUGUUCGACGACGAAGAGAAGCUCCAGAAGAGGACGAGCUCUGGGGCCCUCUCCCCGGCGGCGCUCGUGUUCGCGGCCACUGCAGCAAUCGGAGGAAUCAUGGCGCUGAGGGCUACGCGGGAGCACCCGGAGCUUCUGGCCAGCGGCUGGAAAACGCUGCAGUCCGUGGUUGCAUAAGUAGCCCCGGGGAGUUUGGAACCGACUCCCCAUUGCUUAAUCUUCCUUUUCUGUCGUGCUUGGUGUUAGGACGCGAGGUUGUACAUAUUGCGCGAGCUGGACUCACACAGCCCUGCAUUGGCUUGUAAAUAUUUUAAGAGGCGGAGUUCACAUGGCGUUUCCCUUUUCCACUCAUAAUAGACAGAAUUUAGACAAAUAGAUAAAUACUUAGAACAUGGUUUAUAGCCCACAGUCCGAUGCAAGCAACGCAUACUUCAA